AUGAGCCACUACAGCGGUUUCGGCAACGAAAAACAUUUGCAUUUUUUUGACGAAGAAGACAGUUCUUCUCCCGCUCGAAGACGUCUUCUUCGUGAUUUAAGACGUCUAAAAGAAGACCCACCAACUGGUGUUGACGCCGUUCCCACGGAAGAGAACUUGCUUUUCUGGAAUGGUGUCAUUUUCGGCCCUGAGAAUACAGCCUUUGAAGGAGGAACCUUUCAUCUGAUUCUCUAUUUCACAGAAGAGUAUCCGAAUAAAGCGCCGGAAGUGAAAUUCACUUCAAAAGUUUUUCACCCAAAUGUGUUUGCUAAUGGCUCAAUUUCUCUUGAUAUCUUGGAAGAGAACUGGUCUUCAAAUUACGAUGUGUCUUCAAUUUUGACUUCGAUUCGAAAUCUUCUCGAUGAACCGAAUCCGAACUCGCCUGCGAAUACCUUGGCUGCUCAGCUCUUUACUGAAAACAGAGCCGAAUACGAUAAGAAAAUCGAGGAAAUCGUCGAAGCAAGCUGGAGAUCCUAA